AAGUCAAUCGCAUGUAUGGUGCCAACUUCUUCACUCACCUUUUAGCCUAACGGCGUAGCAUUUUAGUAUUAUAUUUACACGUAUACAUUGGUUUAUUUUACUCUCCCUCUGUAAUGGACGCUGUCCUGUCCACGCUGUUCUCCUCCGGAGAGGAGGAGCUCUACAUUUUGGACAAUUUGGCUUACUUUAUGGUGUUCAUGGCAGCGUGCACACUCGUUUCUUUGCUGUUCGUAAAUGUGCCGUAUGGACGAUAUUCUAGUAGUAAAUACGGUUUCGCCGUGAACGUCCGGUUCGCCUGGUUCGUUCAGGAGUUGCCGGCUUUCCUUGUGCCCAUGUGUCUGGUUUUCUGGACAACCUGUGCGAAGACGUCGCUGCUGCCCAACCAGCUGCUCAUUGCUAUGUAUUUCUGCCACUAUGUUCAGAGAUCUCUUAUUUAUCCAUUUUUAAUCCGAGGAGGUAAACCAACGCCGUUCGCCUCAUUUGCCCUGGCCUUUGUUUUCUGUUGCUAUAACGGCUACAUGCAGAUCAGGUACCUGAGCCAUUACGCUGAAUACCCGGCAUCUUGGGUUACACAUCCAUGCUUCAUUGUUGGGUCUAUGCUGUGGUCGGUCGGCUGGCUGGUGAACAUGCACUCUGACCACAUCCUGAGGAACCUGAGAAAGCCGGGAGAAACUGGAUACAAGAUUCCCACAGGUGGGAUGUUUGAAUUUGUCUCAGGAGCCAACUUCUUAGGAGAGAUAACCGAGUGGGCAGGCUUCGCUCUGGCUGGCCACUCUAUUCACAGCUUGUCCUUUGCCAUCUUCACCGCAGUGGUCCUCACCAGCAGGGCUGUGUCCCACCACAAAUGGUACCUCGCCAAGUUUGAAGACUACCCAAAAAAUAGGAAGGCUUUGAUUCCUUUCCUGCUCUAGAAUUCGCUUCCAGAAGCGGGAAAAAAGCACCAAUAUUUCCUUACUGCAGUUGAAGAAUAUUCUCACAUCACACCUUUUAAAAUCGUCUGGAGCUUUCACACUGACAAUGAACUGUUUCAGAAACUGAAAGGCAAGAAAACAAAGGCUUUUUUGUGAACCAUUACGUGUCAAUGUCGGCGGUUAACGAGGGAAAGAAGGAAGGACCAUACCAUUCAAUAAGACGAAGAAAAUGAAGAACAUGCUGCAGUUUUCAGAAGGGACAAACUUCUUCUUCUGAAGGUGGGUUCACCACGUUCCAAAAAGAACUUGAGCCUCAACAGGAACCGUGCCCGUGCUUUCCAGGGUGAAAGUACUAAAAGAUACUAAAAGCCUCUUUUUUUUUUCAAAGGUAGUUUUAAACGGCAGUUGCUUCUCAGUUAAAGGACUCUACACAAGCUGCAAGCGAGCAACAGUCUAAGGCCAUCAUCUUAUACUCAUUUUUAUUGUUGCAAUUUGUUCGGUAAUUGUGUCCAUAAGGCAACGAGAAACCCCCGACAACCCUGAAGUGAACGUGCUGGUGUUGUGUUCCGUCAGAGGAAGUGAGAUCAACAAAGCGAUGCCGCAGAUUUAUAAUGGACACUGCUCCAGCACUAAACCGUUUUUAAUAUCUCCCCCCCCCCAGAUGGAACAUAAACUAGGAAAUGCAAAGCAGACGUUUCAAAACUUUUUAUUCAUUCAGUCUCCAGAGUCAUCUGUUGCAAAGCUCUUCUCUUUUUUAAACGGCAGUUUAAGUCGAAGGGACCUCGAAAUAACAUUUUGCUCGUCUGACACUCCUGCUACAAGAGCUGCCACUGUGGAAGAAAAGGUCACGGCGUCUUUGUCAUGUUAAGGAUGAGACGUUGUCAGGCCUUGUCCCUCACCUCCCGGUCUGCAGGGGGAAAUGGCCCUCAAUAACUCAUCCAUGCCUGAAAUGAGAAAAGGAAGUCACCACCUUAAUCAUUACCUCAAUGUACUGUCUCGUGUUAGGGUUUUCAAGAAGCAAAAGAACAAAGGCUGAAGAAAUGAAAGGGAGGGGGAAAGUAUUUAGGGACUGUGAAAACGGGAGACGACACUGACGGAAGGAAGCUGUGAGUGAAAUAUGAAUCCUAUUAAUAUAGUUUUCUCUUGUAAUUAUCACUUUUUAGGUAUUUAGGUAAAACCAUUCACAAAGUGCAUUCAUAUACAACUGAAGAUGACACUUGAUCGCUAAAUUAUAAAAUACUGUAUAUAAAAGUAUAUUCCUGAUCCAAAGCAGUUUCUUCUCAUAACUCAUCGUUUUUCUCUCUAUCCCAGCGGACAGCAUUUUUCCAACACCAGUUACUGCCAAGGUCCUAUCGUAUUGAAUUUUGAAAAAUGUUUGACAAUAAAUAAAUGUAUUUGUGUCAUCG